AACAUGCACUGUUCACAAGAUAAUUUUUUUAUAUUUCAAUAGUAUUCGGCCUGGGAAGAUUUCCUAAAUUUAGCAACAUCUCGGAUCUAAACUUAGGCUGAAUUGUGGGGAGCGAGGGGUAACAGAGGCUAAGGAGAAGUCCUGGCAAGAAUAGUAAACUGCAGACCAGUGCGUGCUUGCUCAGGUAGAGAUUGGAAGCAUCUAAUAAUUCCUGUAUGUUUUUAGUUAAGUCCCAGGUCCUAAGGUUUCAUUUGCCCAGGAUAUUAUCCCUACUGCCUUUUGGGAUGAUACCAGGAUGUUCCCAACAGUUCCAGAAAAAGGCCAGCAUUCUAGACUUGCCUAUAGCUCCAGUGGCAAGCAACCUACAAAGGACCGCCCCUCCUUCCGGCCAGGCGACAUAGUUGCCUAGUAACAAGACGCCCUGAUGCGGCAGCCGCAGCUUUGAGUACUAGUCUGAGGCUACUUUCCUGUGGAGGUCAAAUGUCGGAAGAAAACCCCCAAGAGUGCAUGGAGCUGGUGGAGCCCAAGGCUAAGCCUGCCCCAGAGAAGACGAGCGAUUACUACUCCGUGAGCGAGCAGCUCCCAGUCAGGUUCAACAACCCGGGGUGGUUUCGUGGCUACAGGACCAACGAGCCUGUCUCCAUAUACAGGACCAGUAACCAAACCUAUGGGAGCAGAGCACCUACGGUGCAUGAGAUGCCGAAAGAAUUUUAUCCAACUUCAAAUAAGUUCUCCAGACAACUUGCAGUUUGUGGAAUGUUCCGGAGUAAUACUUUUAAUGUUGGCUUGGAGAAGAGCGUAGUGACAGGACCUGACAAUUACGUCACCCACUGUGACCCCCUUGACUUUCACCCCAGUUACAAUGUUAACAGGCCAUCCAUCUGUGAUUAAGGGAGCUGGAUGCCUGCCCUGCCCCAGGGUGUGUGUGUGGGGGUGUCUCCUGACUCGGUGCUACUGUAGGGAGCAUUCUGCCCCUGCCCCUUGACAAGUGCCGAGUUCUAAAGGCACAGAUUUCACUGCCUUCUCAGAAAACACUUUUACUUCCAGGAGGAGAGAAAUAUGCAAAUAGAGCCAUUAUGUCUUUCGUUUUGUAUUUUACAAAGGAAAGAUGAUGAUGGUUGGGUUUUCUAUUAAAAAAAGUUGCCACAGCCUCAA